AUGCCAGUUGCCGCGCCUAUGUAUGUAGCCAACUACCCGACGCUGAGGCGGGUCCAGCUUGCCGCCGUGAAGGAAGGACUUUACCACCCGAAGCUACCCACGUUUCGACGGAUGGACAUGGACACGGCUGCCCAUAGGUUACCGGACGAACACUGCCGAACAACAAGUGGUUGCGGACCAGAUGAUUUUCGUGGUGCCACUGUAACGUACUUCAACCCACCUACAUCCCGCUAUGCUGGAUCAAACGUAACGGACACAGGACGAAAUCUUCGUGAAACUCUUAAAGACGAUAUCGGCUCUCUUAAAAUUAACUGGGAGGACGCAAAAGACAUCAAACAACUGCCCACAUUUAAAAGUAAAGGUGAUCUGAGAUUUACGGGUUAUGCUGUGCGAUACCUUAAACCAAGUAUUACAGAAUCAUGGAGGUACACAUUCAAACAAGAGCCCAAGUUAGACCAGUACGGACAACGUCCAGUGCCUGCAAAUAUUUUUAGCCGAUACAGAGACACCUUCCCACAAUACAGCCGCAACAUUGCCAGUGACUGCUACAGAUAAGCCAGGACAGUGACGUCACUUAUUACGUUUUA